AUGGCCGGGUGCCGCAACGACAUCCGGCGGCGCUGGGGUACGCUGUCGGCGGGGGAGCGCGACAACUUUGUUGGGGCGAUCCGGUGCCUGACGCAGCGGCCGCCCCGGGGCAUCUGGGGCGGCGCCCGCAGCCUCUACGACGAGCUGGUCUGGGUGCACUCGCAGCAGAACGGCGAGAUCCACGGCCUCGACCUGUUCCUCCCGUGGCACCGCUACUACCUGCACGUCUUCAAGCGCCUGCUGAUCGAGCAGUGCGGCUUCAACGGGCCCAUCCCCUGGUGGAAGGAGACCAACAACGCGGGCAACUUCCCGGCCUCUGACAUCUUCAGCGAUCGCUGGUUCGGCGCCCUGCCCCAGGCCAGCAAUGGUGCCGGACAAUGCCUGACCAAUGGUGCCUUUGGCGGCCUCGUCGACCGUAUCAACAACCGCUGCGUCGCCCGCGGCGAGAUCAAGUCCGAGACCAACGAAAUCACCCUCGGGUGGGAGGACAUCUGCCACGGCCAGCAGGGCAACACGUUCCCCCAGCACCGCAACUGCGUCGAGCUCUCGAACCACUCCCGCAUGCACCGCGGCCUGGGCCCGACCAUGGCCAACGCCGCCACCUCGCCCGCCGACCCGGUCUUCUUCCUCCACCACCAAUAUGUGGACUGGCAGUGGAAGCGCUGGCAAAACGCCCAGCCCUCGCGCUGGCAGACCAUCUCGGGCUGCGCCAACAAGGCCAACCCCUGCGCGCCCUUGACACGCGACACCCGCCUCAGCUCGCUCGGCCUCUACCGGGACAUGACCGUCGGCGAGAUCCUCGAUACUGAGGGCGACGUCACCUGCUACACUUAUGACAAUCUCAUCUAA